AUGUCAGCCAACCUCGCUACCCUGGCCGUCCUCGCCUUAUUCUUGGGCCUUCUUCCUAAUCAGGAUGUACCUAUCAGUCUGCCCUCAACACCACCGCAAUCCUCCGUCCCAGUCUCACAAACCCUCCUCUCCUUCUCCCUCGAAGGUGACCGCUGGCCUGAAUGGGCCAACUCGCCGCUCUUCCUCAACGCCCUCGACAAUCUCGCGCAACGAACAGGCGUACCACCACCCAUCCGUAUCGGCGCUGAUUCGGCUGAUCAUACGAAGUUCGUGUCUGGGAAUGUUGCGCAGGCCGUGUUUCCUAACAGAACGGCAUCGGUUCCGUACCCCGAAGCGACGAACGUCACGAUCGGACAGGGAUACUAUGCUCUGGCCAGCAAUACACGCGUUAUCUGGGACGUCAACUUCGGGUCUGCGAAUAUGACAGAGACGUAUCUCGAGACGAUGGCGAUCUGUCAGGCUUUCAAGUCGCCGGCUAUGCAGAACGCGGGUGUAACCCUCCAAGCGCUCGAAGUGGGGAACGAGCCCGACGAGUACCCUCGACCCAAGCAUAACCUCCGCGAUCCGAAUUGGGAUGUGGGCGACUACGUCAAGGAAUGGACAACGUAUGCGGCGAAUGUUACCACGGUUGCGAACAAGCUUAUGGGAAGCGAGGUACCCAUACAAGCACUCGCGUUCGGCUUUCAGAGGGAUGGGUUCACUGUGCCGAACGCGAUUUCGGAUGGGCUUCUCAACUCCACGGCCAGCCAGGACAUCAAAUGGAUAUCUCAGCAUCACUAUUCCGGCUCAUACUGCGACGGCCCCGUUCCGGACAUAGUCGACGCACGCCAGGCUCUCAUGAACAAGACGAACAUCCGCGGCAACCUCUCGCUCUUCGAGAAUGACAUAGCUCUCGUACAUCAGCACGGGCUGAAGUACGUUCUGGGCGAGACGAACUCGUUCUCGUGCCAUGGUGCACCGGGAAUCAGCGAUACGGCCGCCGCUGCAUUGUGGGCCAUCGUGUAUACGUUGCAGGCGCCGAAGGUUGGGAUUGAGAGGUUGUUCUUCCAUAAUGGUGUCGGGUUCAAGUACAACUUCUUCCAACCGGUGACCCUAACGCGCGACAUCGAGACCGGCGCAUCUCUAUCCUCCCCUCUCCCACCACACGUCCAACCCGCUUACUAUGCUGCUUUGGUCGUAGCCGAAGCCAUCGGCAACAGCGGCGCCACGACAAUCGCCGAGCUCGACCUUCUAACCAACCCGCAGAUUGCGGGGUUCGCGUUCUUCGACGGAGGCAUACUUUCGCGAGCACUCUUUGUGAAUCUUCAGGCUUAUGAAGAUGGAUCGGAUCGCGAGAGCGUGCAUCUUGUGCCUCAAGUAGCCGUGGAUGUGGGGUAUGAUACGAUGCAGAUUGCGAGGCUGGCUGUACCGACGGCUAGCUCAACUUCGGGCAUUACGUGGGCAGGCCAGUCUUUCGAGGGUGUAGAUGGGAGAGCGUCGGGGACUCUGUCUGUAGAGUCUGCCGCUAUCACGGACGGCUUCGAUAUAGCCGAUACAGAGGCCGUACUGCUGACCUUCUCGUGA